UUUCCACCUUACCACACCACGAACAAUGGCGCAGUAUACCAAAGAACUCACCCCAGACUCACUCAAAGACAAAGUCAUUGUCUUGACAGGCGGCGCAAAUGGCAUCGGAGCAAGCCUGGUGGAAUACGCCACCCAAAACGGCGCCUACGUAUGCUUCGGCGAUCUCUCAACUGAGGCAGGGGAGACAGUCGCAGAUACAAUAAACAAAAGCCAGUCUUCCCCCCGGGCAAUCUUCGUCAAGACGGACGUGACAAACUACGACUCCGUCCUGGGGCUCUUCGACAAAGCAAUGGAGGUAUGCGGCCGCAUCGACCACGCCGUCGCAGGGGCAGGAAUCUCCGAGAUUGGAAACGUAUUCGAUCCUGCUUUGGAUAUGCAAUCUAUUCGGAAGCCGCCUACUACAAAGGUUCUUGACGUGAACUUAACCGGGUGUCUCUACGUUGCUCGCAUCGCGAGCGUCUAUCUCCGCCAGAACAGGCCUGCUAAUGUCGACCGCUCGAUAACCCUCGUCUCGUCUGUAGCUGGGUUCAAAGAGUCACCAGGUCUCUUCGUCUAUCAAGCCUCGAAACACGGUGUGAUUGGCCUUAUGCGCGCACUGCGGCUAUACCUCUGCGCGCCAGCACACGGGAUCAGAACAAACUGCAUCUGUCCCUGGAUGACAACAACCGCAAUGGUAAAAGGAAUCCAGGAUGGCUGGUUCAAGGCGGGACUCCCCGUGAACAGGCCUCUGGAUGUAGCGAAGAUCAUGGCGAAUGUACUAGCGGAUAAAGAGUUGAAUGGGAAAUCAAUGUACGUCGAGGGAGGGAGAGCGUGGGAGAUCGAGGCGAACAUUGACCGGUUGGAACCGCAGUGGCUAGGCGAGGAGCCCAGUCGUUCUUUGCAGAGGGGACAGCAGGUCUUGGGGUCUGGGGAGGGGUGGACGAAGUAGUCAAUACUACAUGUCUAGAUUUGUACCAUGAAGUUGGUGGUAUCCAGGCUAUCAUCCCGUCACGCAAGAAGUGCCAGGACUACCAUAUAUCCAAAUCAGAGAAUAGCAAACAGAGCUAUUAGAACGUGUCAUAUUCCGCCAGUUUCCACGGUGGACAUACC